AUGAUCCAACAAGCUUCCGGGGAAAGACUCCCAGGAUGUGUCUGUACCGGUCCCAGCACCACGACUCGCUAUCCCAACAUCCCCCCAAGCGGCCUCCCCUUCCGACCUCCCCUCCGGUUGCGCCCCUUGCCCUGGCGCUCUACAAUCUCCAUACCCAGCAAAGAAAAGCCUUAUGGAGCUUAUGGAGACCAUGAGGGAAGGGCCCGUGUCUCGUCUCCCGAAGCCCAGGGUCUUGACAGACUGUCCCUGGACGUCGAUAUGCGGAUACCAGCGACAAUCUCUCCAAGCGGUCCAGCCAGUCCCGCGGCUUCCAUCCGCUCCUUUCCUCCGUACACUACGUCAAAGCAGUGCCGCGGCGUUGGGAUCGAGCGAACCGGUCAAAACCUGCGAUCAAUGAUGGGCUUCCCGACUUGGAUGCGCCGCGCUGAGCGCGCCGGGACGCUCCGCCGCGGCCGGGGCCGGUGCAGGGCUGGUUCGGUCUCGGUCUUCGCUGUCCAGCCGGAUCCGAGCUUCGCGGAUUGA